GCCCUGUUUACAUUCCUAUACCACACGCAGCGUUUGUCACUACCCAUCAUGGCUAAGCGCACCUCCGUCCGAGUCCCUGUGGUCUCUGACUCCGAUUCACACACAGACGUCACCCAGACCGAUGAAUACAGAACCUCCUCCGCGGAGUCGGAUAUCGCAGAGUCCAUUUCCUUAGACGAUCUCUUUACCGAUUUGAACCAGGAAAUUAAGGCCCAGAACAGCACCAAGAUGAAUUCCGAAGAUGACCAGGAUGAAUUCAAAAAGAUCCAGAAAAUCGCGGCCACCUUGCCGAAGUUGCACUCCGAGUUGUUGAAGCCGACCAAGGUCAGCACUUCUGUGAUUUCCACCAAGACCAUUACCAAGGUCAUUCGCAUUAACGACCCGAUUGUCGUCAAGGCUACUGCCAAAGCGUCUGAAGCUACCAACGCUGGCUCUAAAUGGUUUGACAUGCCAAAGACAAGCUUGACCCCACAGCUCAGACGCGACCUUCAGUUGAUCCAGCAGCGUGCCGCGCUCGACCCGAAACGUCACUACAAGAAGGACAAGUGGAAAAUCCCAGAGUUCUUCCAGAUGGGAACCAUCAUCGAGGGCAAUACUGAGUACUACAGUGCCAGAAUUAACAAGAGACAGAGAGGUACCAGCAUGGUGGACGAGAUCUUGAAGGACGACGACACCCGUAACUUUAUGAAGAGAAAAUACACCGAGAUCCAGGCCGCCAAGACCAGCGGCAGAAGAGCGCACUACAAGAAGAUGCAAGAGAAGAAGAGGAAGUUUUAAGCGCAAGUCGUUUGUAUAUUAGCUGUAUAAUAAUCAAGUAUCUGAGAAUGUCAUAACAAUGGCCUAAUGGCUAUAUGGAUCAUACGGGGUAUACCCUUUCGGGAAGUGCCUUUGUGGGCACAUUGAAAUAUGGUUUAAUGAAUG